AUGCUCAAUCCAUACCAGCCGCCCUUUCUUUCGCCAUGUCACUUGCAUUCCGUUGCCUUCUCAAGACCACUCGAGCUGGCCAAGGAACUUGCCCUAUGGCAGGGAAACCGCAUUGUCGCUGCAAUACUGCCUAAAAUACACCCACCAUGUUAA